UGAAAACCGGUAGAGAGAGAAAGCUGAAAGCUAGCAGCAAGAAUUAUGGAACGAAGGACCUAUCUCCGGCGAAAAAUGCCAGCUUUAUUACAAUCUGAUGCCAAGACAGUCGUGUAUAAGCGCCGCCGGAACUCUUCCCCGGUCAGUUCAACCGCCGAAAAUGAACCCGCCGGCGAUUUUUUCGACUGGAUCCCCGACGAUCUUGUGCUAACCAUCCUCUCCAGACUGAGCUCCACCGCCACAUGUCCCUCGGAUUUCAUCAACGCAACCGCAUCAUGCAAGAGAUUCCGCCAUUUGUGUUUCACCAAGCUAGUUCUCUCACAAGCCUCUCUGAAAAUGCUUGCGGUGAAGGCGAAGAACUGGUCGGAUUCCGCUCAUCGACUCCUCUGUUACUGCUCCAGAGCCGGCAAUCUGAAUGCCUGCUAUAUUCUCGGAAUGAUCCGAUUCUACUGCUUAGGUUACCGACUGAACGGAAUAUCUCUGUUAGCGAAAGCGGCGAUCGGAAUGCAUGCGCAGGCGCUCUACUCUCUGGCGAUCAUCCAGUUCAAUGGAAGCGGGGGUUCUAAGCGGCACAAAGAUCUACAAGCCGGCGUAGCGUUCUGCGUUCGCGCAGCCUCUCUCGGCCAUUUCGAUGCCCUAAGGGAAUUCGGCCAUUGUCUUCAAGAUGGAUACGGAGUUCCUCAGAACAUUCUUCAGGGUAGAAGAUGUCUGAUUCAUGUUACAUAUAACGAGAUCGCCGGCAAGAUUAACGCGAUGGAUGAGAUGCAUCCAGCGAAUGCUUUCAUGGCGGACUGGUUCUCGGAGAGAAUGGGGAUGUUGGAGAAGGAGGAUCUACGGCUUUGUUCUAACAAAGGAUGUGGGAGGCCGGAGACUCGAAUGUAUGAGUUCCGGCGAUGCUCUCUGUGUGGGACGGUGAACUACUGCUCGCGAGCUUGUCAGUCGAUCGACUGGAAAAUGUCGCAUAAGAUGACGUGCACGGCGGGAUUUGUUAGAAGGCAGAUUCCGGCGGAAUUACCGUUCGCGGCGGCCGCCGGCGGUGGUGGUGGCGGUGCUAUCGAACAGAGAGCUGCCUGAGAUGUUUUAGAGGUUAUUGAUAGCACUCCUCCCACUUUUUUUUAUGUUCUUUCUUUUUUUGUUAUUUGGUCUCUGAGGUUUGACGUUUGAAUUCGUGUAAAUCUUUUUUUUUUGGUGGGCCCCACUGGUUUCAUAUCAGCAUUU